AUGUUUGCACAGUACGUGAUGAUAAUCUCGCACAACAUCAUCGAUGACCAUGUGAUCCGACAAAAUAUUUGUGUGCUAUGGCAGUCGAUUCCACUACUUGCUCUCUUUUUCUCUUCGAUUCUUCUCCUCAAUGUCGCUAUAGAUCGACUACUUUCCCUACGAACAUUCUACAAGCAGUUGGUAGAUGAAUACAAAAUCAAGUACGUAACUGCACAAACUUUGCCUGCCACAAUAUUUGCUGUUGGGAUGCUUAUCUGGGCAGCCGUUGAAGCAACUCCUAACGACACAAUGCUUAUUGCGUCCUUUGCAAACAUAUUCCGUAUUAAAGUGGAACAACUCUAUGUUCAUCUACUUGCUGGCCUCUUUGUGAACUUUGCAUGCGCUACAAAUUUCUUCGUUUAUUAUGCAGUGAGCAAUGAGUAUCGACAAGUUUUCGAUGAAUAUUUGUUCAUUCGACGUGUGAAGAAAGCAGUUGGAGUUACAGUAGUUUCGUCUAUAGCUACAAAAACAAUGGACCGCGCCUCAGAAUUUCAGUCAACUCGCUCAAAACCAACGCCUGUUGAUUAA